AGCCAUCAUCAUCUGACCAUCACUUUCAGUGCCACCAUGCUGGCCUCAGGGCUGCUUCUGGUGGCUUUUCUGGCCUGCCUGACCUUAAUGGUCUUGAUGUCUGUCUGGCGGCAGGGGAAGUUCUUGGGGAAGCUGCCUCCUGGACCCACCCCAUUGCCUUUCAUUGGGAACUACCUGCAGCUGAACACAGAGCAGAUGUACAACUCCCUCAUGAAGAUCAGCAAGCGCUAUGGGCCAGUGUUCACGGUUCACCUGGGGCCCCGGCGAAUCGUGGUGCUAUGUGGAUACGAAGCUGUGAAGGAGGCUCUGUUGGACCAGGCUGAGGAAUUCAGUGGACGAGGAGAGCAGGCCACCUUCGACUGGCUCUUCAAAGGCUAUGGUGUGGCAUUCAGCAACGGCGAGCGUGCCAAACAGCUCAGACGCUUCUCCAUCACUACACUGCGGGACUUCGGAGUGGGCAAGCGUGGCAUUGAGGAACGCAUUCAGGAGGAAGCAGGCUUCCUCAUCGAGGCCUUCCGGAGCACACGUGGUACCUUGAUUGAUCCCACCUUCUUCCUGAGCCGAGCUGUCUCCAAUGUCAUCAGCUCCAUUGUCUUUGGGGAUCGCUUUGACUAUGAAGACAAAGAGUUCCUGUCACUGCUGCGUAUGAUGCUGGGAAGCUUCCAAUUUACAGCUACGUCUACGGGGCAGCUCUAUGAGAUGUUCUACUCAGUGAUGAAACACCUGCCAGGGCCACAGCAACAGGCCUUUAAGGAGCUGCAGGGCCUGGAGGACUUCAUAGCCAAGAAGGUGGAGCAGAACCAACGCACCCUGGAUCCCAACUCCCCGCGGAACUUCAUCGACUCCUUCCUCAUCCGCAUGCAGCAGGAGCAGAAGAACCCCAACACAGAGUUCUACUUGAAGAACCUGGUGCUGACCACGUUGAAUGUCUUCUUUGCUGGCACAGAGACAGUCAGCACAACACUACGCUAUGGCUUCCUGCUGCUCAUGAAGCACCCAGAUGUGGAGGCCAAGGUCCAUGAGGAGGUUGACCGGGUGAUUGGCAAGAACCGUCAGCCCAAGUUUGAGGACCGGGCCAAAAUGCCCUACACAGAGGCGGUGAUUCACGAGAUCCAAAGAUUUGGAGACAUGAUCCCAAUGGGCGUGGCCCGCAGAGUCACCAAGGACACCAAAUUUCGAGACUUUCUCCUCCCAAAGGGCACUGAAGUGUUCCCUAUGCUGGGCUCUGUCCUGAGAGACCCCAGGUUCUUCUCCAAUCCCCACGAUUUCAACCCCCAGCACUUCCUGGAUGAGAAGGGGCAGUUUAAGAAGAGUGAUGGGUUCGUGCCCUUCUCCAUUGGAAAGCGGUACUGUUUUGGAGAAGGCCUGGCUAGGAUGGAGCUCUUUCUAUUCCUCACUACCAUCAUGCAGAACUUCCACUUCAAAUCCCCGCAAUCACCUCAAGACAUCGACGUGUCCCCCAAACAUGUGGGCUUUGCCACUAUCCCACGAAACUACACCAUGAGCUUCCAGCCCCGCUAGACAGGCACUGUGCCAGGGCAGGGCUAGAGGGAGGAGCAAAUGGGGGAGAGAGAGCCUGGGUGGGGCUAGCUGGAGAGUGGGGCCAGUGGGAGGGACGGGGCUAGCAGGAGUGGCGGGGCUGAGGAUAGGGGGUGGGCUGAGGGGAAUUUAGGGCAGCAAGGUGGAAUGGAGAGGACGAAUAAACAGAACGAGCUCUGUCUGUUCUCCUUGAUACAGAUAGCUCCUUCAGAGCUGGGAUGAGAGGAAGGGACACCUUACACUAAACUGUGAAGAAGAACAGCUAUUAUUUAUUGAGAAAGUGCUCUGCGUCAGCUCUAUGCUAAAAGCGUUACACACUCACCUCACUUGAUGCUCACAACCUAUGAGACAGGGAACAGUGUUCAUGCCCAUUUUACAGGUGACACAGCUGAGGCUCAGGGAGAUUAAGUCUCUGUCCUGGGUCCUACAGAACACAGUAAGUGUUCAGCUAGUACUUGACAGAUCUGUGCAUGGAUGGCUCUACUUGUCCCACAGUCCAUUGGCUAGAUUCUCAAAAGGCACCUCCUCCUCAAGUGAAAAACAACUUAGCAUAUUACUACACAACCUGAACAGCUCUGCCCAGGGGAUUUUUCCAGAGCCCUGACAGACAGCUGACCUUCCUUCACUACACACUUGCCCAUACUCUUGCCUAUUUGUGCACACUUUGGAUGCCAGGACAUACUUCGUGCCACCCACCAGAGAAGGCCAUUGUGUCCAAUUAGUGUCAGACCUAGGGACAGGAGUCAGACCUUUUAAUGAAAUGGGUGGGGGAGAGAAACACUUUCAGAGAAUGACAGAAUUUUGGUCAUAGCACAGCCAUGUACAUGUGUUUGUGUGCGUGCAUGUGUGUAUGCAAAUAUGAUUAUAUGUUCUCCUGAGUGUAUGCAUGAACUCGUAUUUCCUAUGAGUUUCUGAAGACAGGAUUCUCUCAAAUGGAUCUGAGGUCUGCAGUAAAACUGAGUUAAGAGUCUCAGAAUCACCUGCCUACUCUUAAAUAAGUUAGCAUAAUUUCCCUUAGAAGCGGCAUCCUUCAACAGCUCAUAAUCUGAACAUUCAUGUACAUCAGUUAGAUCCAGCUUUAGAUGUAGCCAUAGAUCUAAAUGCUACAUAGACCCUGCCCCACAAAACUGGCCACACUUGAAGGACGACAGACUGUGAUCAAGUGAAGAGAAAACUGAUCUUCUGAAUUCUGUACAUUUCACAACUGACUAUGAUUCUCAAGUUUCUCAAUUUCCAUUAUCUAUGUUUUGCAACUUGAGUUCCAUGAAUUGGUGGUUUCUGCUCAUUGAAGGAGGAUAAGUAUGGAUUCUUAGAGUCAUUUCAUUAUUAUAAACACGUUAACAAUCAAGUGUCAAAAUCAAACCUCAUCCAUCUAUAUGCAUGUCACCUUCUAGAAAUCUCAACCGGGGGAAUUUUAGAAUUGUGAUAUAACAAAACUGUCAAAUCUUGGAACUGCAAGUCCACAAUUAAUAAUCUUGGAAUCUCAGACUCCCAAAACUUGAGAUUCAGAGUAUUUGAACCACUGAUGCUCGGAACUCUUGAUGCUCAGAAUUUUAGCAUCAGAGUUUCCCCUGCACACAUCUUUGGAAACUGCAUUCCGAGCCCCUCUGGCAGCAAAUGUCCAUUCUCCAAGCUGGAUGAUCCUUCUGAGAAAAGUCAAGAGAGGAGAGCAAUUGGAGCUAGCUGUGCUCUGCCAAUGAGGUCCAUUUCCAUGAGAAGAUAGAAUGGCUAGCAGGUCUUUGCCUUGCAAAGGAGAGGGGAGGGGAAAAGGAGAACAAGUAUUAAUCCCCAAAAUCCUGAAACUUACACCUGGAAAGGAGAAAGCAGGAGUCCAUCAAGGCAUUACCAAAGGUGCUGAGAGAAGUCACAUUCUAGCCACCAAUGCCUGGGUCACACUUGUCCAGAGAGGACACUCUCAGCUUUGGUGCUCUGGAAGGGUCAACGGCCUAACCAGCAGAGAUAGUUCUGGGGUGGAGGUAGGUACAGGAGCCCUAGAUUCUGGUCCAGGCUCUGCUAUUAAUUCCUUGGGCCUUCUUGGGCUUCUCUCUGGCCUCACAUUCUCAUCUGCCUCCUUCCUCACAGGAUUAUGUGUAGGUCAAAACAUAGCUCAGUGCUGAAGAGCUUUAAAAACUCAGUGGCUGCAGGACUGGGAGGAUGGGAGAGUGAUGUUGCUGGGUAGCUCGUUCUUCACGCCCUCUUCGGUGAAACCAAGAAUCCCUAGAGUUAAAACACACACUCUCUCACACACACACAUUCACACACACACACACACACACACACACACACACACACACACCUGUUCUUGCCAUACAACAGCAAGUAGAAUGGGCUGAGUGCCUGCUAUGUGCCAGGCUCUUGUACUGAGCCCCUUGUUCUAGUUUCCCAGCAUGACUGUAUCAAAGUACCACAACUGGGAUGCUUAAAACAACAGAAAUGGAUCACCUUGCUGUUCUGGAAGCUAAAAGUCCAAAAAUCAAGGUGUCAGCAGCUCCCUCUGAAACCUGUAGGGUGAUCCUUCCUUGCCUCUUCUUAGCUUCUGGUGGUUCACUGGCAAUCUUUGGAGCUCCUUGGCUUGCAGCUGCAUAACUCCAAACUCUGCCUUUGUCACCACAUGGCGCUCCCCCUGUGUGUUUCUGUCUUCUCAUGGCUGUCUUCUUAGAAGAACACAAGUCAUACUUUGUUUAUAUGAAAUUCUGGAAAAGGCCAAAAUAUUGUGUGGAAAUUAAUAAAGGAAAUCUUAACUAAAUUGGAGUCAGGAAGACCUGUAGAGGGAGUUCUCAUCCACAUCACACAUUGUGAAUUACACCAAAGUGGAAGAGGCGAGCUUGCACCUUGGACCGGGAGAAAAACUACUUUACUACUGACGGAAGAUUUCUCACCCACCUUGCAGCAGCCCAGCCAGUGAAAAGCUCUUGCUGCCCUGAAAUCUUACUUUCCCCCAUGGACUUUCCUAGAACAGCCCAUUCCUCCUACUCCCCUUUUUCUCUAUAAAGACAGCUCCCCUCCUUUG